AUCUUUGGAAUAUCUUUUCAUGCGUUACCGCAAUCACUUGUGCCAGAAUAUGGUCAUAUUCCAAGCUUUCUUGUUGAUUCUUGUAAAUAUUUGGAAGAACAUGUUCAGACCGAGGGACUCUUCAGAAAGUCUGGAUCUCUUGUUCGUUUAAAAGCUUUAAAGAGUAAACUGGAUCAAGGUGAAAACUGCCUCUCAGCUGCACUACCAUGUGAUGUUGCAGGACUUCUUAAACAGUUCUUUAGAGAGCUGCCAGAACCCAUCCUUCCACCUCACCUGCAGGAAGGCCUUUUCAAAGCUCAGCAGCUAGGAAAUGAGAAGAAAACUGCAACUGUGUUGCUGUCAUGUUUGAUGGCUGACAGAACAAUUGAAGCUUUGAGAUACUUUUUCAACUUUCUGAGAGCUGUGUCUCUAAGAUCAAAUGAAAACAGAAUGGAUAGCAGUAAUCUGGCAGUGAUUUUUGCUCCCAAUCUCUUGCACUCGAAUGAAAAUGAAAAGAUGUCAGCCAGUACAGGAAAAAAAAUUCGCUUGCAAGCUGGUGUUGUGCAAACACUUAUUGACCACGCAGCAGAAAUUGGACAAGUACCAGAAUUCAUCUUGGAAAAGAUUCCUGCAAUGUUAGGUGUUGAUGCCUUUCAAUCUACUCCCUCACUGUGGGGCCAUGAAGACGGUGAAAAUGAAUCUCCUAAUGAAUGCAAGAAGAGGAGGCACCAAAGUGUUGGGGAUAUUGUUAGUGGAGCAUUGAAUAAAUUUAAAUCUAACAGAACACCUUCCACUACACCGCAACAAGACAGCAGCGUCCUUUCGUCCGUGACUCCGCUGGUUCUUACUCCAAGUACCAAACGUAAACUUCCAGCUGAUUGCUCUCAGGGCUUGUCCAGCAAGAAGAGACGAUCUUUAAAGCAUAGUUUUGCUUUUGAGUUGUUACCAAGUAGUAUUUUCACCAGCAGCUCAACACCAGCGUCAGUUCAUUUUGAAGCAAGCCCUUGUGUGUGUCUUGAGUCAUCACAAACCUCACUGUCUCCUUCAACUGCUGGUGAAAAUCAUUUGUCUAGUACAGGGAACAGAAGAAGUAAAAGACAUGCAAGCAAAAAAUUAUACAGGGCUGAAUCAGGAAAGACAGGUUGUUUUUCUCCAAAGAUUAGCCGAAAAGAAAUGGUUCGUAGGUCGUUACGCUUGAAGUUUGGUUUGGGAAAAAGCAACAGGGAAAUGAAUAUUGUAUCAGGAUGUGCAGUUGGUAAUAGAUCUGAAAAUAUUGGAAGGCGUCUUGCAAGUCAACAAGGUUUGGAAAGCAGAACUGAAUUUGCGAAAAAAGAUGUGCUCUUCAGCCCGUGUGUCAGUGAAAAAUUCCCUAAGAAAGGUUCAAAGACUGUGAGCAAGUCAGAAGAAAACUUGCUAACUCCAAAAUGUCACAAUAAAGUAGUUCAUCGAAUGUCAUGGAAUAGUCCUACUGUUGCAGAUUCUCAGUUGAUCAGCCAAAAUGAGGGGAUUCUGCCAGGACACCCUAAAACGGGAAUCAGUUCUUCAGAAUCUGUUUUGAUAUUUGGAAAGCCACCAGUAAUUCCAGGUGAAUUCAAAUCCACAGCUGCAAGCAAACAAGACAACAGCUUGCAACUUUGUGAAGAGGAAAGUAAUCUGACUGCAGAAACAUUGCUGAAAGUUAAGCAAGCUUUCUCUGCAUCUGGAAGUAAUCUUCACAAUUUGAGAGGUGAUACAAAGUCUUCCUUUUCAGAUGUAGCAGAUGAAACAUUAAAGGAAACCUUGUGUGUCAGUGGGAUCAGUCCAAAGAAAGAAUUGUUAGCUGAAGAAGUUUCUCAACAUCUAGCAAAUACAAAAUCCAGAGAGCUGUCAUACCAAUUUAAUCAAUCUUAUGCUGUUGAUAAACAGCAAUCAAAAAAAGAUGAAAUUAAACUUUUGGAGAAAAAAAACUUCAAAACUUCUAUUGAGAUUGAACUUCAGGCCCUGAAGCCAGAUAUAAAAAAUGUAACAGAACUUCCGCAAGUACUUGCCAGGGAACAUAAGCUGGCUGUUCAGAACAGUUCAUCAAAAGAUGACUUAAACAAAUUAGAUACCUUUGGAAGAAAAGAGGAAAUAGAAUUAACGCACUCACAAACAGCUGAAAACUCUAUGGUAAAAUGCUGUAAUGUGGAAGAAGGUACUGCUAAACUUCCUGUGGCUGGACAGCUUCCUACUUCACAGUUGCCCAAAUCCCAAAAUGAAGUUGGCAAACAAUACUUGCAAGCUGAAAAUUCUGAUAAAACUUUAACUAAACCAUCAAUUGUUUCUGACCAUGGAAAGGUUUCUGACCACAUACAAUGGUUUAACAAGCUUUCAUUAAAUGAUCUGAGUUCUGUAAGCAAAACUAAACCACCUCUUAAGUUUCAACGUACUCCUGUUAGACAGUCUGUAAGAAGAAUUAAUUCCUUAUUGGAGGCUAACAGACGAUCUGUAAGCACUCAGCUUCUUAAAGUGAGUGAUGUUGGUUCACCACUUGUUAAAUCUUUGAGCUAUGAUUCUGCACUAUUGUCCUGCACAGACAAGCCCUCAAAAAGUUCUGUGGCUUUGCCACUCAGGAGUGAAAGUACAUAUGACCAAGUUUGUGUAUCUCAUAAGCAGCUAGACUUACCAUCCAAAUCAUGUGUCAGGCUGUUAAAUCCGUCAGACAAACCUGAUGUUUCUGUCAGAACUGCUGGAAUCCACGAACAGAAAGUGACUGUUCAUUCAUCAAAGUCUGUUCUAGAAGAUCUAACCAAUCACAAAAUGGUGAAAUCCAAUUUAAAAGUUAAUGUAAAUAUAAAUAUUCCAGAAAAAUCUACAAUUGGAAGAGGUGCUCCGGGAAAAGAAAGAGUUUGUUAUAGAGGCUCUCCAAAGAAUCCAAUAUCUAAAGUGAAACUGCUACCAGCUGCGAAACCUGUAGACUUAUAA